AUGAUUGGUACCUGUAAGGCUGAGGUUAUGGUUGGUACCUGUAAGGCUGAGGUUAUGGCUGGUACCUGUACGUCUGCGGUGAUGGUUGGUACCUAUAAGACUGAUAUUAUGACUAGUACCUGUAAGACUGAGGUUAUGAGUGGUACCUGUAAUCCUGAGGUUAUGGUUGGUACCUGUAAGGCUGGGGUUAUGGCUGGUACCUGUAAGGCUGAGGUUAUGGCUGGUACCUGUAAGGCUGAGGUUAUGGCUGGUACCUGUAAGGCUGGGGUUAUGAUUGGUACCUGUAAGUCUGUGGUUAUGGUUGGUACCUGUAAGGCUGAGGUUAUGAUUGGUACCUGUAAGGCUGAGGUUAUGGCUGGUACCUGUAAGGCUGUGGUUAUGGCUGGUAACUGUAAGUCUGAGGUUAUGGUUGGUACCUGUAAGUCUGAGGUUAUGGUUGGUACCUGUACGUCUGCGGUUAUGGUUGGUACCUGUAAGUCUGAGGUUAUGGGUGGUACCUGUAAGACUGGGGUUAUGGUUGGUAACUGUAAGACUGGGGUUAUGGUUGGUACCUGUAAAGCUAAGGUUAUGGCUGGUAACUGUAAGGCUGUGGUUAUGGCUGGUAACUGUAAGUCUGAGGUUAUGGUUGGUACCUGUAAGGCUGUGGUUAUGGCUGGUAACUGUAAGGCUGUGGUUAUGGCUGGUAACUGUAAGUCUGAGGUUAUGGUUGGUACCUGUAAGGCUGUGGUUAUGGCUGGUAACUGUAAGGCUGUGGUUAUGGCUGGUAACUGUAAGUCUGAGGUUAUGGUUGGUACCUGUAAGACUGAGGUUAUGGCUGGUACCUGUAAGUCUGAGGUUAUGGUUGGUACCUGUAAGGCUGAGGUUAUGGUUGGUACCUGUAAGACUGGGGUUAUGGUUGGUAUGGUUGGUACCUGUAAGUCUGAGGUUAUGGUUGGUACCUGUAAGGCUGUGGUUAUGGCUGGUACCUGUUAG